CCAGAUCCCUGGCCCCGGGGAAGCUUCCCUCUACAGCCUUGUUCCUAGAGGAAGAGGAGGAAGAAGAUGAGGACGAUGAAGAUGCAGCACAGCCGGAGGGGCUGCGCAGCGAGGAGCAUCCGAACCAGUUCUUCGCCGAGGCUCAGCGGCUGCGGGAGCAGAGGUUGUUACUGGACGAAGAGUGCACCGAGCAGCCCUUGCCUGUGGCAGUGAGUUCUUCGGGGCCAUGCUCCUGAGUGGGAUGAAGGAAUCCCAGGGCACGGAGGUGUCUCUGCGCAGUAUCUCUGCUCAGGACCUGCGUCUCCUUGUCUCUUUUGCCUACUCCGGGGUUGUGCAGGCAAGGUGGCCAGGACUGCUGAGAGCUGCUCAGGCUGCUGUGCAGUACCAGAGCUCUUCCUGCCUAGCUCUGUGUCAGAGAGCCUUGGUACAGGGCCUUAGCCCUGCCCGUUGCCUGGCCCUGUUCCCCAUGGCUGAAGCCCCUGGAUUGGAGAGGCUCUGGAGCAAAGCCCAUCACUACCUCCUCACCCACCUUCCUGCUGUGGUUCUGUGCCCCACUUUCCCUUCUUUACCAGUUGCCUGCCUGGCUGAACUCCUAGAUAGUGAUGAGCUUCAUGUGCAGGAGGAGUUUGAGGCCUUUGUGGCUGCACGGUGUUGGCUAGCUGCCAACCCUGAGACCCAGGAGUCAGAGGCCAAGGCCCUGCUGCAAUGUGUCCGCUUUGGUCGCAUGUCCACCAGGGAGCUACGGAGGGUGCGGGCGGCUGGGCUACCCCCAUUCCUUCCCCUGGACUUACUGCACCAGGUGAUGGUGGAGGCUGAGGUUCCAGGUCAGGAGAGGCGGAGGGAGCCUGACCGGGCACUGGUGGUGAUUGGUGGGGAUGGGCUUCGACCAGACAUGGCCAUAAGACAGCCGUCCCGAGGAGUGUGGUGGGCCCAGGCCUUCUGCUGUGGCAUGGGACUGGUGCGAACUGUGGAGUGGGGGCAGUUACCCACCCUGCCUGCUCCUGGGCGUUUCCGUCAUGGGGCUUCGAGCCUGUCAGGAAGUGAACUCUAUGUGUGUGGAGGACAGGACUUCUACAGCCACUCCAGCACCCUGGCUUCAACUCUCAGAUGGGAUCCCAGUCAAGAAGACUGGGAGGAGAAGGCACCUUUGUGCCAGGCGCGGAGCCUUUUCCCCUUGGUGGCUCUGGAUGGCCAACUUUAUGCCCUGGGUGGUCAAGACAAUGGCAUUGCCCUCAACUCUGUGGAGACCUAUAACCCCAAGCUCAAUAUCUGGAGGCCAGCACCUGCGCUUCCAGCAGCAUGUUUUGCCCAUGCAGCUGCUGUUUUGGAGGGCCGACUGUAUGUGAGCGGCGGCUGCGGUGAAACUGGUCGAUUCCUGGCCUCACUGCUGCACUAUGAACCCAAACUUGAGAAUCCAGGAACAUUUCUGAGCCCUAUGGGGGUACCUCGGGCUGGCCACGUCAUGGCUGCUCUGGGCGGGCGGUUGUAUGUAGCAGGUGGGCUUGGGGAGACUGGGGACUUACUGAGCUUCGAGACCUAUGAACCAAGGACUGAUAGCUGGACUCACCUUGCACCUCUGCCCUCCCCCCAUGUGGGGGCUGCUGGUGCUGUGCUGCAGGGGGAGCUACUAGUUCUUGGGGGCUACAGCCACCAUACCUAUGCCCUCUCCCACCUUAUUCAUGCCUACUGCCCUGGCCUGGGGAGAUGGCUCUGCCUGGGAGCUCUGCCAAGGCCUCGAGCUGAGAUGCCUGCCUGCAUCCUGACACUGCCCACCGUGCAACAUGUAGCUUUGGGUCCUGUCCUGCACCAAACCAAACCUGCUGGGUGAAGGGGGAACAGCAGUGUGUAGGGGGUGGUAAGGAAGGGAUAAG